AUGCAGUUGGUUCUAGCGUUGCCUGCUGUGAAAGAAGGAAGCACGACUUAUGUACAGCCACCGAAGCGAAAGAGUGAAGAAACUAAUGACAACAAAAAGAAUUCAAUUGAACAUGAUUUACAAAGGAGGGGCAAAGAAAUUGAAACUGGGAAUACCAAAACCAGUAAUGAAAUGAAAAUUCUAAAGUACUCCCCACACGUCCAGAGUGACUGUGGGAUGAAGGGAGAUAAGGGGAAAGACAUUGUAGAUGAGAUUGCAGUCGAAACAACCAUUUUACCUCUGCGUGCCAUGAAAGAUGGAAAACUGAUUAACAUAAAGAAGCUGAAGGCUGAAGGAACUCUUACCAAUCGAAAUAGUUUGAUUGAACAUGAUUUGCUAGGGAGUGGUGAAGUUCCAAUGUUUUCUCCAUACCUUCAGAAUGACUAUGGGAAGGAGGGAGGCAACGCAAAAGGUAUUCUGGCAUUGCCUGCUCCGAAAGAAGGAAGUGUUGUUGAUAUAGAGAAGCCAGAUGGGAAGAAGGAAGAAGCUGAUAACAACAGAAUUAGUUUGAUUGAACCUUAUUUAAAAAGGAGUGACAAUAAAAGUAGUGCUGCAAACUUCACAACCAAAAAUGGGAAGAAGGGAAACAAUUUAGAAGAGUUUGAUGAGGCUGCCGAAAGUAGAUUCAAACUCGAGAUGAAUGGGCCUCAAGGUGACAGUGGGGAGAAGAUUGAUCCUAAAUUAUGUUAUGACAGUGGAAGGAAGGGAGAUGAAACUUCAACUGAAAAGAUCAAAUCCAAAAGGGAAAGAAGGUCAAAGAAGUGUGAGCCUCAAGCUAGCAACAAGGGGAAUAUUGAUCCGGAGCCAAGUUUUUAUGGCUUUGACAUUGGAUUUGAUGAAGACAAGCUCCUGACAGAUGGAAAGAUUAAAUCCAAGAUACAGGAAAAGAUAGUCGUUGAGGAUAAGCUGCAGGAGAAUGAUGAUGAGGCUGCCGAUACCAGUGGAUUUAAACUCAAGAUGAAAGAGCCUCAAGGUGACAGUGAGGAGAAGAUUGAUCCUGAAUUGUGUUAUGGCAAUGCAGGGAAGGGGGAUGAAGCUCCAACUGAAAAGAUCAAAUCCAAAAGGAAGAGAAGGUCAAAGAAGUGUGAGCCUCAAGCUAACAACAAGGAGAAGAUUGAUCCUGAGCCAAGUUGUUAUGGCUUUGACAUUGGAUUCGAUGAAGACAAGCUCCUGACAGAUGGAAAGAUUAAAUCCAAGGUACAGACAAAGAUAGUCGUUGAGGAUAAGCUGCAGGAGAAUGAUGAUGAGGCUGCCGAUACCAGUCGAUUUAAACUCAAGAUGAAUGAGCCUCAAGGUGACAGUGAGGAGAAGAUUGAUCCUAAAUUGUGUUAUGGCAAUGCAGGGAAGGGAGAUGAAGCUGCAACUGAAAAGAUCAAAUCCAAAAGGAAGAGAAGGUCAAAGAAGUGUGAGCCUCAAGCUGGUGACAAGGAGAAGAUUGAUCCUGAGCCAAGUUGUUAUGGCUUUAACGUUGGAAUUGGUGAAGACAAGCUGCUGGAAGAUGGAAAGAUUAAAUCCAUGGUACAGAACAAGGUUGUUGACGAUAAGCUGCAGGAGAAUGAUGAUGAGGAGGCUGCCGAAACGAGUAGAUUCAAACUCAAGAUGAAUGAGCCUCAAGGUGACAAUGGGGAGAAGAUUGAUCCUAAAUUGUGUUAUGACAGUGCAGGGAAGGGAGAUGAAACUGCAACUGAAAAGAUCAAAUCCAAACAGGAGAGAUGGUCAAAGAAGUGUGAGCCUCAAACUAGCAAUGAGGAUAAGAUUGAUCCUGAGCCAAGUUGUUAUGGCUUUGACAUUGUAUUUGGUGAAGACAUGCUCCUGACAGAUGGAAAGAUUAAAUCCAAGGUACAGAAGAAGGUCGUUGAGGAUAAGCUGCAGGAGAAUGAUGAUAAGGCUGCCGAAACCAGUAGAUUUAAACUCAAGAUGAAUGAGCCUCGAGGUGACAGCGGGGAGAAGAUUGAUCCUAAAUUGUGUUAUGGAAGUGCAGGGGAGGAAGAGGAAACUGCAACUGAAAAGAUCAAAUCCAAAAGGAGGAGAAGGUCACAGAAGUGUGAACCGCAAGGUGGCAACCAAGACAAGAUUGAUCAUGAGCAAAGUUGUUAUAGCUUUGACAUUGGAUUUGGUGAAGACAAGAUCCUGACAGAUGGAGAGAUUAAAUCCAAGGUACAGAAGAAGGAAGUCGUUGAGGAUAAGCUGCAGGAGAAUGAUGAUGAUGAGGCUGCCAGUAGAUUCAAACUCAAGAUGAAGGAGCCUCAAGGUGACAGUGGGGAGAAGAUUGAUCCUAAAUUGUGUUAUGGCAGUGCAGGGAAGGAAGAGGAAACUGCAACUGAAAAGAUCAAAUCCAAAAGGAGGAGAAGGUCAAAGAAGUGUGAGCCUCAAGCUGGCAACAAGGAGAAGAUUGAUCCUGAGCCAAGUUGUUAUAGCUUUGACAUUGGAUUUGGUGAAGACAAGAUCCUGACAGAUGGAGAGAUUAAAUCCAAGGUACAGAAGAAGGAAGUCGUUGAGGAUAAGCUGCAGGAGAAUGAUGAUGAUGAGGCUGCCAGUAGAUUCAAACUCAAGAUGAAGGAGCCUCAAGGUGACAGUGGGGAGAAGAUUGAUCCUAAAUUGUGUUAUGGCAGUGCAGGGAAGGAAGAGGAAACUGCAACUGAAAAGAUCAAAUCCAAAAGGUGGCGAAGGUCAAAGAGGUGUGAGCCUCAAGCUGGCAAUAAGGAGAAGAUUGAUCCUGAGCCAAGUUGUUAUAGCUUUGACAUUGGAUUUGGUGAAGACAAGCUCCUGACAGAUGGAGAUAUUAAAUCCAAGGUACAGAAGGAGAAAGUCGUUGAGGAUAAGCUGCAGGAGAAUGAUGAGGCUGCCAGUAGAUUCAAACUCAAGAUUAAUGAGCAUCAAGGUGACAGUGGCGAAAAGAUUGAUCCUAAAUUGUGUUAUGGCAGUCCAGGGAAGGAAGAGGAAACUGCAACUGAAAAGAUCAAAUCCAAAAGGAGGAGAAGGUCAAAGAAGUGUGAACCUCAAGCUGGCAACAAGGAGAAGAUUGAUCCUGAGCCAAGUUGUGAUAGCUUUGACAUUGGAUUUGGUGAAGACAAGCUCCUGACAGAUGGAGAGAUUAAAUCCAAGGUGCAGAAAAAGAUAGUCGUUGAGCAUAAGCUGCAGGAGAAUGAUGAUGAUGAGGCUGCCGAAACCAGUAGAUUCAAACUCAAGAUGAAUGAGCCUCAAGGUGACAGUGCGGAGAAGAUUGAUCCUAAACUGUGUUAUGGCAGUGCAGGGAAGGGAGAUGAAGCUGCAACUGAAAAGAUCAAAUCCAAAAGGAAGAGAAGGUCAAAGAAGUGUGAGCCUCAAGCUGGCAACAAGGACAGGAUUGAUUCUGAGCUGUGUUGUGAUGGCUGUGACACUGGAUUUAUUGAAAAUAAGCAGCCGGCAGAUGGAAUAAUUAAAUUCAAGGAAAAGACGAAAGCAGUUGAGGAUGAGUUGCCGGAGAAUGGUGAUGACGCUGAAUCUAGUAAAUUCAAACUCCUGAAAAUAGGACCUGAAAUUAAAAAAAAUACAGUCCAGCUUGGUGUUAGAUAUGUUGCACCUUCAUUUCAAAAUGAUAGUGCAAAGAAAAUUCUUGCUUUACCUACCUCUGAGGACUUACUGGGGGAUAAAGUGGAAGAAAAUGGUAGCAGGGUACAGAUUAAUCAGCAGGGACAAGAUGGGUGUGUUUUUUCUGUUGUGUUAACUUCUCCUGAAAAUGGAAAUAGAUUUGAAUCCAUUAGCAUAAAAUUCAAGAAGAAACCUAUCGAGGUGAGUGCCAAGGUUGGAAAGGCUAAUCAUUGCUCUCAAAUUGACAAUAUGAAGAAGAGUGUUGAGGUAGAAGCGCUUGAACAUGAACAAGGUUUGAAAGGAAAUGGAAAUGAAAUUGAAACCAUUAAGGUUAAAUUCACGAAGAAUAGAAAGUCAAAUGAUGAAAAAGGUGCUGAGGGGCAUGAAUGA